AUGCCUUACGAUAGAAAGCCCUCUGCUUCUGGCAACGAACGUCAUCAUCCUCAUACACUCUCUACACUGGAUUUCCAAGGUGCCAGCUCUGCUGCUGCUGCUAAAGCUAUGAAAUCUGAACUGGCCAAAUUGGCUUCUCAAAUCCAAAAUGAAGAAGAACGCAAGUAUUUCACUCAAGAAAUGGAUGGUUUCUACAUGCUUUUCACUCGUUAUUUGGAUGAAAAGAGCAAAGCCAAAAAAUUGGAUUGGGAAAAGAUUCAAACACCUUCUUCAGAACAAAUUGUUCCUUAUGCUAGUCUUGAAGAAAUCACUGAUAAAUCUGAUCUUGACAAAUUGGCCGUGCUUAAACUGAAUGGUGGUUUGGGUACUACCAUGGGUUGCGUUGGUCCCAAGUCUGCCAUUGAAGUUCGUGAUGGUAUGACUUUCUUGGAUUUAUCUGUUAGACAAAUUGAGUAUUUGAACAAGAAACAUGACGUUAGCGUUCCUUUCAUCUUGAUGAACUCUUUCAACACGGAUGAAGAUACGAAGCGUAUUGUUCAAAAGUACGCCAGUCAUAACGUUGAUAUCAUCACUUUUAACCAAAGCCGUCAUCCUCGUAUCAAUAAGGAAUCCAUGUUGCCUGUACCUCGUACACCCACUUCACCUAUCGAACAAUGGUACCCUCCUGGCCAUGGUGAUUUGUAUGAAUCCAUCUACAACUCUGGUCUUCUUGAUCAAUUGAUUGCUCAAGGCAAAGAAUAUCUCUUUGUUUCCAAUGUCGAUAAUUUGGGUGCCACGGUUGACUUGAACAUUUUACGUCACAUGGUCGACUCUGAUGCUGAAUUCAUUAUGGAAGUCACUGAUAAGACCAAGGCAGAUAUCAAGGGUGGUACUCUUGUCGACGACGAUGGUCAUAUCCGUCUUUUAGAAAUCGCUCAAGUCCCCGAUGAACACGUGGAAGAUUUCAAAUCGGUCAAGAAGUUCAAGAUCUUCAAUACCAAUAACUUAUGGAUCAACUUAAAGGCUAUCAAGCGCGUUCUCGACGAUGAAGCCAUGGAUUUGGAAAUCAUUGUAAACAACAAGACAACUCCUCAAGGUGAAAAGGUCAUUCAAUUGGAAACGGCUGUUGGUGCUGCCAUUAAACACUUUAAGAAUGCUCAUGGUGUGAAUGUCCCUCGUACUCGUUUCUUACCUGUCAAGUCUACCUCUGACCUGUUCUUGGUCACAUCGAACUUGUAUUCUUUGGUUCACGGUCGUCUUGUCGUGAACCCCGAUCGUAUGUUCAACACAGUUCCUCUCAUCAAGCUCGGUGACCAUUUCAAGAAGGUGAACGACUUCUUGACGCGUUUCAAAACCAUCCCUCAUAUUUUGGAAUUGGAUCACUUAACAGUGACCGGUGAUGUUUGUUUCGGCUCUAAAGUCGAAUUACGUGGUACAGUCAUCAUCGUCGCUAACCAUGGUGAACAUAUUGAUAUUCCUUCUGGUACUAUCUUGGAAAACAAGGUUGUUACCGGUUGCUUGCGUAUCCUUGAUCAUUAG